AUGGAUCACGAGACGGUCAAGUCCUCGCGUUCGGGCGAUGAAAAGCCCCCCUUUACAAUUGGAGAUUCCAUUGAUGAAGCGGCCGAGGUGGGAGACACAGAAUUGCUUGCAACGUUGGGAUAUAAACAGGAGUUGCGACGACAUUAUUCCACCGUCCAGAUCUUUGCCGUCGCGUUUAGUAUCAUGGGCCUUUUGCCGUCGAUUGCCUCGACGUUGGCCUUUUCAAUGCCUGCGGGUCCUGUGGGCUGGCUGGCGGCGAGCUUUUUCAUUUUCAUCGUCAGUCUGGCUCUGGCGGAUCUGGCAUCGGCCAUGCCCACCGCUGGCGGUCUCUAUUUCUGGACACAUUAUUUCGCCGCCGACAAGUGGAAGAAUCCCUUGAGCUUCGUGGUGGGAUACAGCAACACCAUGGGCCUGGUUGGAGGCAUCUGCUCGAUUGAUUACGGCUUCGCCAACAUGAUACUCUCCAUGGUCUCCCUCGCCCGCGACGGGACCUGGACCGCAUCUCGACCAGUCAUCUACGGUACAUACGCGGCGACCGUAGUCACUCACGGAAUCAUUGCCGUCUAUGGUGGUCGAAUCAUGCCCAAGAUCCAAUCGAUUUGUAUCUUUUUGAACAUCGGCCUCGUCGUGGCCACCGCGGUUGCUUUGCCCGUGGGGAAGGCCCGGAAUGCGCCCCCGGUCAAUUCGGGCUCGUACAUCUUCGGCGAUGUCGAGAACUAUACUACCUGGCCCACAGGCUGGGCAUUCAUGCUGGCAUGGCUCUCGCCGAUCUGGACCAUUGGUGCAUUUGACUCGUGUGUGCAUAUGAGUGAAGAAGCGACUCACGCGGCGCGGGCGGUGCCGUUGGGGAUUAUCACGUCAACUGGGAUGUGUGGAAUUUUGGGAUUCCUGUCCAUGGUGGUCAUCGCCACGAGUAUGAGGCAGGAUAUCGAGGGGAUCUUGGGUACUAGUUUCGGACAGCCCAUGGCUCAAAUCUACUACGAUGCGCUGGGUAAGAAUGGGGCUCUGGGUUUCAUGGCUGUAGUGAUGACAGUCCAGUUCUUCAUGGGAUUGAGUAUCAUUUUCUUUUGCGGAUACCUCUCCGGCCCUAGUCCCCAUCUCUCCAUCUUUCAUGCCCAGCCCCAUCUCACCUUCUAUCUCAUCAAGGUCCUCGCCGCCUCACGUCAAAGCUGGGCCUUUUCCCGCGACGGCGCCCUCCCUUUCUCCUCGUUCUUCCGCAAAGUCAGCCAAAGCAAACUCACCCGUUACCAGCCCGUCCGCAUGGUCUGCGGCAUCAUCGCUGCAUCCGUCGUCAUCGGCCUCCUCGCUCUGAUCGACAACGCCGCCGCCAAUGCACUAUUCUCUCUCGCCGUCGCCGGGAAUGAUCUCGCAUGGUUGACGCCCAUCCUGGCACGUCUGCUGUGGGGCCAGGAGAAGUUUGUUCCCGGAGAGUUUUAUACGGGUCGAUAUUUGAGUAAACCAAUUGCGUGGAUUGCGGUGAUUUAUCUGGGAUUUGCGAUUGUGUUGUGUAUGAUUCCGAACGGGGGACCAGAUCCGGGAGUCAAAAAUAUGAACUAUACGGUCGUCAUCAACGGAGCACUAUGGCUCGGGGCAUUACUGUAUUACUUUAUUCACGCAAGAAAGACCUUCAAAGGACCACAGACGACGGUAUCCCCCGAAGACGAGGGGAAACAACUGGAAGCCGAAGCCGAAGCCGUAGCGGAGGCAAUAUCAAAGGAUUGA